UAUCACACAAAGAUAAACCGACAUACAUACCAAAAAUACAGGUGCGAAUACACCUUCAGUAAAUCAUCGAGCAAAAACAUCUCGUUUGUGCGGUAGUGAGCAAAAAUGACGAAUAUUGCUACUGUGGGUAGUGUCGUACUCAAAAUUGUGAAACUGGUUUUGAAUCUAAUAAUACUGAUUCUGUACCGAACCGGCAACAAUGGCCAAUUCCUGGGAGUCGGAGGAACGUGGAAUUUAAACGAAGAAAAAAACCCGGACACUGAAAUCAUAGCGUCGGGCGUAUUUGUCGGAUUCUUCAUUUACACGACCGUAUCCCUGGUUAGUCUCUGUUUCGCAACGGCCGAUCACAAAUACACUUUCACAGACAUUGUCAUGAACUUCUUGGGAAUCUUCCUGUGGCUCGCCGUCGGCGCCACCGCGUUGCAUUACUGGGAGGGAUACCAAAGCGAACACAAGUAUCGGUACACGUCGUCCGAGCAACAGGUUGGCCUGGCCGUGGGAUCGCUUUGCGUCCUAUCGGGAGCGACGUAUCUUCUAGACACGGUACUGGCGGUACUUCAUUUCAUUAGAAGCAAGAUGUAGUUGUCACUAUUGCACUCGUAUGUUCCUCAUAAUCGUAAAUCAGUUACACUUACAUUACAAUUAUGCACUUAGAUUUAGAAUACUUUUUUUGUAAUAUUUCCUCUAGAAUAUUUAAAAUAUUUUUAAUAAAUGAGUUGUGACUAUUUAGGAAAGAGAAUGGACCUCUGAUUCUAACAUAGUCCGGCGUGUUAGUACAAAAACAAAAUGUAGUUUGGCGACGUUUUACUUAAUUAAAUCCCUUAGACAACUCA